UUUACUCUGCGCUGACCGCCGUCUUCUGAUUGGAUCCAUGAGAGUUCAGCAGCGAACUUCAGCAGGAGCGGGACAUAAAACAUGAGAAGUUAAUGGACCUGUAGUGAGCGUUGAGGUCUGGCGUUACUGCGGUGAAGCUUUUUGACUUGACUCAGACUUUCGUGAAGACUUUGUCCAUGUCUCCUGUCGGAUGAUGACUCAGGCGGUCUCCGUGUUUCAGAUACUUGCCAUUAUUCUGGAAAUAAGCAGUGCUGCAGACACUAAGUGGAGGUUUAUACCUGAUCCACCAACACUUAACAUCUAUGGCAUUCAUAGGAUGAACAAAUCUGAAAACCUGGAACUUACAUGCAGAGGCCGCCAGUACCUGAGGUGGUCGACACCUCCAACAAGCACACGCUUCUCCACCAGGGACUGCAGUGGAUCAGGACUUUUCUGCACAACGCUGACGAUCAUCAAUGCAACUGUCAACGAAACCGGAGAAUACCAGUGCUCCUAUAGAGACCUGAAAGCUGAAGACGGAAAGACCUCAGUAGCAGCUUAUGUUUUUGUCCACGACUACAAGGUGCCAUUUGUGCCGUCUGACAAAGAAUACACGCUGGUGUUCAUCCGUGAAGGAGAGCGGGUGGUGAUACCAUGCAGGGGUUCAGUGGAGGAUCUCAACGUUACGCUUUACACUAAAUACCCACAGAAGGAGCUUUAUCCUGAUGGGAAGGACUGUCUGUGGGACGCCAGGACGGGUUUCACCGUCCCCAGUCACCUGAUCAGCUACGCUGGCGUCGUGUCCUGUCAGACCCACAUUGGAAAUGAGACGUUUAAUUCCCCUCUGUACUUUGUGGCUGUCGUGGGAUUCAAGAUCUACAACCUCACCCUGACCCCCGACAAAGUGAGGCUGUCAGUGGGCGAGCGGCUCGUGCUUGUUUGCACAGCCCACACCGAGCUCAACGUGGGCCUGGAGUUCAACUGGACGCACUCGGGUCAGGCCCUGGGUGGUUUGAAAACACCUCACAAGAAGAAGCUGUGGAGCUCCUUGGAGCUGUCCAACACGCUCAUCAUGGACAACGUGACCGUCAACCACACGGGGGAGUACACCUGCACCGCCUCCAGUGGACAGAUGGAGAAAUCCGCCUCUGCCAACCUCAAAGUGUACGAGAAGCCUUUUAUUGACAUAAAACAUUCCGCGAAAAAGGUGUGGGAGGUGAACGUGACGAAGCAGACAACGCUGGCGGUGAAGUUCUCCGCGUACCCCGACCCCAGCUUCAAAUGGUUUAAAAACGGCCAAACAGUCAAGGACAGCUACAGAAUCAAGCAGAGGAGCGAUUCCCUGACGAUCCAAGAAGUCAAAGAAACGGACGCGGGGAACUACACCAUCGCUCUGACCAACAAGAUAACGAAAGAGGAGAAGCGCCGCUUCUUCCAGCUCAUCGUCAACAUUCCUCCUCGCAUCUUUGAGAACGGGGUGGCCGUGGACGUGUACCCGUUCGGCAGCAGCCCCACGCUGAGGUGCACCGCCCGCGGGUUCCCCGUCCCCACGCUCAUCCAGUGGCAGUGGAUGUCCACGGACGACUGCCCGGAGUUCUUUGAGUCAGGGCUGGUUAAGACCGAUUUGCAGCCCGGGUCGUGUAAACAGCCGUGGAAAGACAUUGGCAACGGCAGUGGCCCCAACCUUGUAGAACCACCCGUCACAGCCACGGACCCCGUCCAAAAGAAAAUCAUGAGCUCGCUGAGGAUUAAGAAAGCUGAGGCACAUUCCCUCUACAGAUGCACGGCUGCCAACAAAGUAGGAAAGGACUCACGCAUCAUCUUCUUCCACGUCACACGCGGCCUCCAGGUGAGCGUGUCGCCGUCCAACGAGCCCGUGGAGGACGACCACGUGACCAUGAGCUGCAAGGCGGACGGGCUGAUCUACGACAAGCUGGCCUGGUACCGCGUGGCCGACGGCGCGGCGGCGGCGGCGCCGGAGCAGGUGAGCUCCGUGCAGCCGUGCCGCUCGCUGAAGCUGCAGCCGCGGCCGCUGUCGCAGGCCGUGCUGUCCACGCUGCGGGACAACAACGUCACGCUGGAGCUGCCGCUGCCCAACGCCUCCCGCCGCGAUGAGGGCCUGUACGCGUGUCAGGUGGAGAACAUCAAGACCGGGGACAGGACCUGUCUGCUCCGCCGCCUGUCUCUCAAGGGUCUCGAGCCUGCGAAGAUCGUCAACAAUUUCACCGACCAGAAGGUUAACAUGAGUGCAACCAUCACCCUCCUCUGUGAUGCGGUGGGGACGCCGACGCCUACGGUGACGUGGAGCAAAAACAACCACACUGUGGUGGAGGGCUCAGGCGUGUUUCUGAGCCAGCGAAACCACAAGCUGACCAUCCAGCGCGUGAAGAAGGAGGACGGCGGCCUGUACACCUGCACCGCCUGCAACAGCCGCGGCUGUGACGCAGCGCAGGCCUCCCUGACAACCGAAGGCGCUGAAGAAAAGACCAACGUGGAACUGAUUGUUCCCAUCGGCUCAGUGGUCAUCGCCAUGGUUUUCUGGUUACUGAUCGUCUUCGUCAUCCGUGGAAGAAAGAGAUCGAAUGGCAUGGAGCUGAAGACGGGCUACCUGUCCAUGAUCCUCGACUCGGAGGACAUGCCCAUGGACGAGCAGUGUGAGAGGCUCACGUACGACGCUAACAAAUGGGAGUUUCCACGGGACAGGCUCAAACUGGGGGAUCCCCUUGGUCGGGGGGCGUUCGGGCAGGUGGUAGAAGCAGCUGCGUUCGGCAUCGAGAAGGCCACCGCGUGCACCACCGUCGCCGUCAAGAUGCUUAAAGAGGGCGCCACGGCCAGCGAGUACCGUGCCUUGAUGUCAGAGCUGAAGAUCCUCAUCCACAUUGGCCAUCACCUCAACGUGGUGAACCUACUGGGAGCCUGCACCAAGUCGGGAGGGCCGCUGAUGGUGAUUGUGGAGUACUGUAAACAUGGAAACCUCUCCAGCUAUUUGAAGAGCAAGCGCGGCGAGUACAGCCCCUACAAGCAGAGGAAGCGCGUGGACAGCCAGAGGUGGGCGUCGAAGGAGGACGUGAUAGACGGGGAUUUGGGUCUGGGGAAGAUCGCCCAGCUGGACAUCUGCACAGGAACCGUCUGCGCCGCAGCUUCAGGCAGUGACAUGGAAGGGAGCACAGACGAUGAGCAUCUGACCAUGGAGGACCUGAUACGCUACAGCUUCCAGGUGGCCAAAGGCAUGGAGUUCCUGUCCUCCCGCAAGUGUAUCCACAGGGACCUAGCAGCCAGAAACAUUCUACUCUCAGAGAACAACGUGGUGAAGAUCUGCGACUUUGGCCUCGCCAGAGACGUCUACAAAGACCCAGACUACGUCCGCAAGGGAGAUGCACGUCUUCCUUUGAAAUGGAUGGCUCCCGAGACCAUCUUCGACCGGGUGUACACGACGCAGAGCGAUGUCUGGUCUUUCGGGGUUCUGCUCUGGGAGAUCUUCUCCCUUGGAGCUUCUCCCUAUCCCGGUGUUUGCAUCGAUGAGUCCUUCUGCAGGAGGCUUAAGGAGGGCACCAGGAUGAGACCCCCAGAAUACGCCACCAACGAAAUAUACCAGACCAUGCUGGACUGCUGGCUGGACCGUCCCACAGACAGGCCCACUUUUGCGGAGCUGGUUGAACAUCUGGGGAACCUCCUAGAGGCCAGUGCGCAACAGGAUGGUAAGGAUUACAUCCCGCUGACGCCAUGUGAGGAAGGAGGACCUCCCGUGACCCCUGACCCCAGAAGCCCCUACAGCAGUCCCCAAAGUGGCCCCAUCCUGGAAGCUCAGCUGCACUAUGACAGUCCCCUGUCCCUCGGCCUGUCUCCGAGUGAGCGUUGUGGGCGGCCCCUCAGCAUGAAGACGUUUGAGGACAUCCCUGUGGCACACAGCAGUGUCAUGGAGGGACACAUAGACAGCAGCAUGGGCUUCUCACCAGAGGACGCCAAGGGUUUGAACCCACAGCUGCAGACGCCCAACUUCAGCCAACUAAUGCGAUGUAAGAGUAAAGAGUCCUUGGCCUCGGAAUCCUCCAAUCAGACGAGCGGAUACCAGUCGGGCUACCACUCAGACGACACGGACGCCCCGAUCUAUGCCAACGAGGAGAUGAUCAUGAAGCACAGCAUGCUGAAGAAGCCGCCUUUGCCCCCGACGCCGGACAAGUUCAACGUGGAGGCCCGCUACAGCACGCCGCCCGUGUGACCCCCCCCUACCCCCCCAAACACACUGUACAGCAUCCGUUUGCCUUCCACAGGUUAGGAACAGUGGCAACACACGCAAUGGGGCUCUGAUCACAACACAUCACUUUAAAGGGUCUGCAGGGAGACAUCAAGGCUGUAUGAUAGGUGAGUGCAUCUCUGCCUUGAACAAGCAGAGGAAUGCUAUCGUGUUUUCACAGCGAGGACACACCUACAGCACGACUCAAGGCAAAAUCCACCCCCUUCCGCUCCUUCAGGAAAUGGGAUCUGGACUAUUUAGAUGAUAAUAAUCAGCGAAUGUUUUCAUUUGUGGUCGUACUAGUGCACACAUUGCUGGUAAGGAGGCAGUUCUCUCAGCUCCAUCAGACUCUUUUUUUCCUAUAACAUGCAGUAUUUUAUUGAUGUGUAUUACUUAAACCUGUAAUAAAUGCUAACUAGUUUUAUAAAAUAAAGUACUCACAGGUUA